UCGACCUGGUGUUGGAUAGUGCACGACAUGAUUCCAUCGGCGUUCUUGGUGGCGGUGGUAUUUCUUUCGUGUUGCUACGUUGUGCGAUGUAAUGUGCUUAGUCCAUGUAAUGCAACGGUAGAGUGUGCAAAUGAUACCACAGUUUGUGAAAAUGAUUUUUGUCAUAUUCGAGUCGAUCAUGUAUGCACAAAAGAAACUACAACAACCGUCGCAAUAACUGUAACAACACCUGCCCAAACAUUCACACCCGCUGGACCAACCCAGCCAGGUGCACGUUCCCAAGCAUCGAGUUCUACCUCGGCACCAACAACUACUGCGGCAACAACAACUACUGUGACAACAACAGCUACUGCGGAAACAACAACUAUUACGACAACAACAACAACUACUGCGGCAACAACAACUACUGCGGCAACAACUACUAAUGCGGCAACAACAACUAAUGCGGCAACAACAACUACUGCGACACAUACAACAACAACGGAUCCUGCCACAACAAUAGUGGCUCCAACAGCAUCAACUGCUAGCCGAAAACGAAGAAGACGUAGUACAAACCAACAAGAGUGUGUUUCAAACGCAAGCUGUGUAUCAGUCGAACAAACAACACUGAUGUGCGCGUGUUAUGAUGGCUAUACUGCAGAUAAUGGAAAGUGCAACAAAGAUCCUGGCAAUGGCGCGGGACAUUUGAGAGUGACGGACCUUUUUACUGUCAUGGUGAUGACAGUGCUGAUGUUUCUCAUAUAGAAAACCCUUCAGUGCUGCAGUGGUCCAUUGACUUGUCGUUACCAUUGCCUACCGUUUGUAAAUAACUCUAUAUCUUUAGGAUUUGUAAUGGAACAAUUAUUUUGUAAAUACUAAAAUAAAAAAAGUCGUGUGCAGGAGACCACAUUUAGUUUGUAUCUGCAUAUAAAUUUGAAAGUUCAUUUAUCAAUACAGAAAAUAUCUUUUUCAAACGCUAAAACAACUACAACAGAAACAAAACUUUCACAAACUUACGAUUUUACAAACACAGAGCGCACACUUCGAACGGUGUGAUUUCAACAUUAUUGAUGCAUGAUCUGGCUUUGAAAGUGCGUGUCCCCCGUGUCUACAGACUAUGUCACUGAGAGUGUACAUGUAUGAGAGUUCCGGUUAUCUGCGCAUGCCUGAUGAAGCCGUUGUGCCGACCAACCGGCAAUGACAGAUCAACCAGAACAGUGUGUGUUUUUUUGAAGGCACUUGAGCGCCACUUUUGGUCGGAUAUUUCAUGAAGCGAAUAAA